AUGCAACUCCUCGUAGCAUUUCUGCUGACUGCGGCAGCAUUCACAUCUGCAAGCAUAGUCAAGCCUUCCGGGGAGAACUUCGAACUGCUCAUCCUUCACAACAAUGAUAUGCACGCGAGGUUUGAGCAAACAUCACAACUCAGCGGUGCGUGUACCACAGCCGAUAGAGAGGCAGGAAAGUGCUACGGUGGAUUUCCAAGAGUAGCUCAUGUAGUAAAAGAAGCGAGAAGGGCAGCUCAAACCGGGGAAGGUCCUCCUGUACUGUAUUUAAACGCCGGGGACACGUACACCGGCACGGCCUGGUUCACAAUCUACAAAUGGAAAAUUGCCGCUGAAUUUAUCAACGCACUGCAACCUGACGCUGUUUCUCUUGGUAACAAUGAAGUUGAUCAAAAAGAACACAAGAUCACGUCAUUCCUAGAGAACAUCAACGCUCCUAUUGUUGCCACUAAUGUAAUAAUUAAAUCCGCCGAAAACAAGGCAAACAUUAAAAAGUCAAUAAUAUUCAAUAUUAACGAUGUCAAAGUUGGAGUUGUAGGAUACCUGACUCCAGACAGUGGGAUGUUAGACAGUGCAGGCGAUGUAGAAUACAUCGAUGAAAUAUUAGCGCUUACAGAAGAAGUAAAUCUACUCCAAACUCUAAAUGUCAAUAUCAUAAUUGCUUUAGGACAUUCUAGUCUUGCUAAAGACAAGGAAAUUGCUCAAGGAGUUCCCGGUCUUGAUAUCGUAAUUUCUGGGAACAGAAAUACAUUUUAUUGGAAUGGCGACACAAUUCCUACAACACAAGAAACUUUACUGGUAUCGCAGAAAUCUGGAAAAACUAUACCGAUCAUAUUUUCAACCGCCUAUGAUAAAUAUUUAGGUAGUGUUAGAUUAACAUUUGAUGCUAACGGAGAAAUUGUCAAAUAUGAUAACAAACCUAUUUAUCUUGAUUCAUCUAUACCACAAGACUUAACAUCUCUAGAAGUCAUAAAAAAAUAUAACACUGAACUGGUUUCGAAAUCUCAAGAGGUGAUUGGAACUACUGCAGUGGUACUCGAUGGUAAAUCAUGCUCUCUAGAAGAAUGCAAUUUCGGUAAUUUUGUUACGGAUGCAAUUGUUUACUAUUAUGCCAUUAAUUUUGAAGAUGAGCGCUGGACAGACGCCCCGAUUGCUAUAAUCCAUAGUGGUGCUAUUAAAAACACUAUUGCACCCACCAACCGUCCUGCUUCCAUUACAAGAGGUGAUUUACUGGCUGCUCUGCCAAUAGAAGGCAACUUGGUUACGGUCACUAUGACAGGAACCGUCCUCAAGGAGGUUUUGGAACAAUCCGUUUUUAACUACGACUCAAGAACGCCGACCGAACAAUUUUUGCAGUUUUCAGGCAUCCGCGUUGCUUAUGACUUGGAGAAUACACCUGGAUCCAGAUUGGUGAGCGCGUUAGUUCGUUGCUGGAGUUGUUUUGUGCCACAGUUUUAUGCUAUUGAGGAUACUAGGGACUACAAAGUACUUAUGCCAGCAGCAUUAGCAGACGGCCAGUAUGGAUACAGCAUGCUUGUUGGACUCCCUAGGGUUAAUCUUGCAUACGAUGAGAUUACUUGUGCAUCUGAAUAUUUCAGAAUGAGAAGUCCUGUGUACCCCGAAGUGGCCGGUCGGAUACGCUUAUCUAGUUCUGCAUCAGCCGUAACCUCAUCGUUACUUCUUGUCGCUUUUAUAUCAAUUACUAUGAACAUCUACAACUAA